AUGCCGUUGAGGCUUCACUGGGCGAUUCUAAUCGUAUUGGCUUUCUCUGUCUCGAUAUCAGAAGGAAGUUCUUCUGCACAGCUAAAGUCGUUCGUCUCCAAAACUGGGAGCAACGUUGUAAUUGGUGUGGAUGGUGGAACGGAGAGCAUCCGUGCCUGUUGCUUUGAUGCCGAAACUGGUGAUGUCGUGGGCAAAUCAUGUGCGUCAGCGUACAAGACCUAUCACCCGCAACCAGGGUGGGCCGAACAAAUGCCACAAGACUGGUGGGAAAAUCUUGGGGAAGCUGUCCGAGGUGCCGUCGCUUCCAUU